UUUAAGAGAAGGGCUAUGGGGAAAAAUACGUAGAUAUCGCAGUUAUAAAAAAGUGAGAUGAAACAACUAAUUUAUGAUCUGAUAUGAUCCAUCUGUAAGUAGUUCAUUUACAAUGGAGAAUAGAAAGAAGCCAAGAGGAAGGACAACUAAUAUAACAAGAUCAAGGGGUGGUUGUCUUGCUUGUAAAAGAUUGAGAAUAAAAUGUGACCAAACCAAACCUCAAUGUGAAUAUUGCAAACACAGAGGUCGUGAAUGUUCAUAUUCUUUGAAUUUGGUGUCGGUUUCAUUUAAACAACCAUAUCACCUGCUGAAAGAAAGGACAUUAAUAAAAUACCAAAGUAAUCUAACAAAUCAAUUUAAAUUAAAUAAUGCUACAAGUCAACUUGGUAUAUCAAAAUUUGAAUUAAGAUUAUUAUGUUUCUUUAAUGAUUAUUGUGUUGAAGAUAUAAUGAAUGGAGUUAAUGAUGCUAUUCAUGAUAUUUGGUCAAUCCGAGUUCCUCUGUUGUUUCUAGAGAGUGAAUUAAUAAGAAAUAGUAUAUAUUCUUAUGCAUCGUUGAAUAUGUAUCCAUUUUGUGACGAUAUACAAACUUUACAGAUACAGGAUAAUGCUGAGAGUCAAAUUAAGGUUAGAGAAAGGAUUAAUUCAAUACCAUUUUUGACUGAGAUAGAUUCAGAAGAUCCAUAUGAAAUGAGGAUUAAUACAGCUAGAUAUUUCAGUAAUACACUAUUGUGUAAAUAUAAACUAUUAAGCAAAUUGCAGAAUGGUGAAGCUAUUCUCAAAGGAAAUGAUCAAGCACAUCAGAAAAUGUUGAUAGCAACAGAGUUUUCAGUAUCAUGUAUGUUGAUAUUAUUAUUUUUAAGUAUUCAUUCUCAUAGAAUACUACCGUUAGUAUGCUUUGAUAAAUCUGAAUCUGAUUUUGUAUCGAUUUGCAAAGGAAUGCGUGAAACUAUAAUGAUAUUUCAAGCAUCAUUUCGAUAUAAUGCAUUCAAGGAUGCCUUUAAACGAUAUGCUGAUUCUAAAGUUCCACCAGUGAAAGAAUCUGAAUUUCCAAUUUUAAUCGCAUUACGACAAGAUUUGGAACUUGCAUAUGAAGAUAGAGAAUUCUCGUUAACAAGAAAUGAAGAAUAUUUGGCUUUAUAUGAUGGUCUUGAACAUUUACAAGCAAGUGUUGGAAAAGCUAUGGUAUAUGGACAUGCCCUUCCAUUAAUCAGAUGGCUUUCAGUAUUAUCCAAUAAAUGCGUUGAGUUGAUCUACAGUCAGAAUUCAUUUGCGUUGAGGUUAUUAUAUGUUUAUUCAAGUUUAUCAACGUUAACCAAGUUUCAAAUGUAUAAAGAUGCUAAUAUUUGGCUUGAUUUUAUGAAUUGGUAUAAACAAUAUAAUUUAGAACUUUUUGGGGAUUGGAAAUAUGGUAUGGAUAAGAGUCUUUACUUUCUUGCAUUACAAAAGGAUUUUAAAUUCAUUGAAGGUAAGUAUGCCAACUUACAAUCAUUUGAUCCUGAGUACUUUGAACAAGUGGUGUUUGAUACUCUUGUCGAUGAUAUCGUCGCUUAACUGCUGCUAAAUCCAUUAACACCGACGAAAAUUCGGCGAGCAAUCCUCUCGAAGCAAGGCUAUUUCAAUAUACUAAGUUUUACAGAAUUGAUUUAUAAAUUAUAUAGAAUAAUAGGUUUCAUAGUAGUGAAGAUAAUUAAUAUGAUGAUGAUUAACAAGUGUUUAACAAAAUUAUUGAUUAAUUAUCCCUGUUCGUUCCUAA